AUGAAAUAUUUCCCAUGGAAAUUCAUCAUUAUUGCAACAGCAGUGGUGCUCCCGAUCUUCUUUUUUAUUAAAGAAAAUCCCUUUGAUACUACAAGUUUCCUGUCUUUGGAGGAAAAGAAGAUGAUAGCUUGGCAGAGAGCCUGGAUACAGACCAACCCUGGCAGAACAAACCACUUGGAAAUCUUCAAAGAUACGCAGAAAAACUCAGAACCACUCAAAAAUGUGAACCCCCGUAUCUUGAUUGGAGAUCCUCCCAUGAAGAAAAAACUGCUGACCAUAGGGAUUUCCUCGGUGCAGCAUCCCCAAGGGAGCUACCUCUUGGACACCUUGAAGUUCCUCUUCUUUGCUUCCUCUCCAUCAGAGCAGAAACACUUCAUUGUUCUGGUACACCUGGCAGAUCCUGACCCCAAGUGGCUUAAUCAAAUGAUCUCCAGCAUCUCGAGCCUUUUUGAACCAUAUAUCAAGGCCAGACAACUAGUAGUGAUCAAUACCCCUCUUAAAAGCUAUCUUUCCUUGAAGAACCUUAAGAAGAAAUUAAACGACACCCCUGCCGAUGUAGCCUUCCACUCCAAGCAGAACAUGGAUUAUGCUUUCCUCAUGAACUUUGCUACCAACCACUCUGACUAUUUCUUAAUGAUCGAAGAUGAUGUGAAAUGUGCUCCUGGAUUUGUCACCCAGAUUGCUACCAUACUGUCUGCCUGGGAAGACAAACCUUGGGUGAUUCUGGAGUUCUCUCAGCUGAACUUCACUGGAAAACUCUUUCGUACCAGGGACCUCCCCCGCUUUGUUCAUUUCCUUCUCCUCUUUUACCAAGAAAUGCCCUGUGACUAUCUCCUCUCCCAUUUUCUUGACCUCUUGCAAAAGAAAUCGAUCCAAUUCUUCCCCUCCCUCUUCCAUCAUAUGGACGAUUACUCUUCCUUUGAAGGAAAAUUAAAUAGCCUCAAAGAUAAGGAGCUUGAGGAAAAUGAUACUGGCUCUCCCAGCAACCCUGCUGCCUCCAUCUACACUAACCUGCAGGUUACCAGUGACUCUGUUCCCAUGAAUGCCUAUAGCCUGGAUAAAAAUUUCUUUUACACAAAGGGGGCUGAGGCUGGCAACCAUCUGACUGUGGUUUUGGACAUACCAGCCAAAGUGUUCCGAGUUCAAGUACUGACGGGCUCUGACUUAAAAGAGGAGAAUCAGUUGAAAGAGGGGCAAGUAGAACUGGGCUAUGAGUCUACUUAUGGGAGUAAUGACUGUGAUAACUAUACUCUGCUGGGGCUACUGGUAAAUGGCAGCCUGAAUAAGCAAGUAUUCUCUGAAAAGUCUGGAAAGAAGGUAAAAUGUGUGAGAUUGCUUGUGACAGCCACUCAUCCCUCUGGGAUAGCAAUCAGGCACAUCAACGUCUGGAUUAAGUGA